GCAGCAGUUUCCGGUCUGAUAUCAACAGGUUGACAUUCGUUGUUUUGCUACGUCAACAUGGGUUCAAUGACUUUGAACUCCUUAAAACAAAUAAUGAAGGCAAUGGUGGACCACGCAGGUUUUGACAGAGUCUUGAACAGGGUGAACGUUUUGUCUGCCAGCCCGGGUAAGGUGGUGUGUGAGCUGCGGGUGGAGGAGGAGCACACUAACCGGGGCGGGACGCUGCACGGCGGACUGACAGCCACCUUGGUGGACGUCAUCUCCACCAUGGCCAUCAUGAACAGUGAGAGGGGUGCCCCCGGGGUCAGUGUGGACAUGAACAUAACGUACAUGAAUGCUGCCAAGAUGGGGGAAGAUGUUCUCAUCACUGCACAGGUCCUCAAGCAGGGGCGGACGCUUGCAUUCGCCACCGUUGAUCUCACCAGCAAAGCCACCGGGAAGCUCAUUGCACAAGGACGGCACACGAAACAUCUUGGCAGCAGCUAAAGUCCUCCGUUUACGCCUGCAAAUCAAACUAUCAUGUCGUACUCGGUACCGAGGGACACUGGGAGGAAAAUAAUACAGUAGUUUCUGAAUGUAAACAAGUUGUGACUAGAGCUGACUAAUUAAAAUUGCCAGGUGCUACUUCACAUUUACAUAAAGACUUGUCAUUUAUAAUAAUAAGUGAUUUGUGCACAUGCAAUAAAACAACUGGACA